ACCAAAAGGAAGACUGAUUCUUGUUAUCUUUCCAUCCAAGCGCUCUCUCUCUCUCUCUCUUAAAACCCCCCUCAGCACCCCAUUUCUCAGCCCCUCUCUCUCUCUCUCUCUCUCUCUCUCUCUCUCUCUCCUUCGUUAAUUCCCCUCCACAGUCCCCCCUCCCUCCCUCCCUCUAUCUUCUUGGAUCUUGCUUAAGUUCUCUCUCUCUCGUUACUAGUUCAGACUGGUCUCCAACUUUUUUUUUUGGACAAGAGAGACUAGUUUCAAUCUCCUUACAUUUUUCUACUCUAAGAAAUUAAGAUCAGAAGAAGUUGUCCUAUUCUGUGAAGACAUAUAUAUAUAUACAUACAUACAAAUAAAUGGCACCGGUUUCGUUGCCACCGGGCUUUCGGUUCCACCCGACGGACGAGGAGCUCGUGGCUUAUUAUCUCAGUAGAAAGAUCAAUGGCAAGAGGAUUGAACUAGAAGUCAUCCCGGAAGUUGAUCUCUACAAGUGCGAGCCAUGGGACUUACCAGGAAAAUCCCUAUUGCCAAGCAAGGAUCUGGAGUGGUAUUUCUUUAGUCCUCGAGACCGUAAAUACCCAAAUGGUUCAAGGACAAAUCGGGCAACUAAAGCUGGAUACUGGAAGGCCACAGGAAAGGACAGAAAGGUCAAUUCACAGAUGAGGGCUGUGGGGAUGAAGAAAACCCUAGUUUACUACAGAGGGAGAGCACCCCACGGGGCACGUACCGAUUGGGUAAUGCAUGAAUACCGGCUCGAUGAGAGAGAAUGUGAAACCAACUCUGGCCUGCAGGAUGCUUAUGCCCUAUGCCGGGUGUUUAAGAAGAGCGCAACCAGCCCAAAGAUUGGUGACUGUGUGGGCUCAUCGUCUAACCAAGUGUCUAGUGAUCAAUCAUCUGGCGUCGAUCUACAUUCGGAGGGAAAGUGUGAAGAUGUGGACGGUUUUGGUUCUGAUUAUCAAACGCCAAUGGACACAACUAGCUCACCAACUCCGGGCUCUACGCAGAACCAUACCCGUGGUUCGAACGACGAAAAUUGGAUGCGGUACUUGGCGGAUGACGCAUUUAGCCUUACCAAUCAACCAUUUCCAAAUUGUGGAGUGGCUUCUUAUCCUCCAUCUGAGGUUGAUAUAGCAUUGGAGUGUGCAAGGUUGCAACACAGGCUCUCAAUGCCUCCAUUAGAGGCGCAAGACUUCCCACAAGGCGGCUUCGUCGACAUGAAAACGGCACAAUCGAGCUCCACCAUCCAUGCAAACACAGAUGAACAAGACAUUUUGCAGGAAAUUCUCUCAGUUGCUCAGGUUUCUCAAGAGCUGAUAAAUCAAGACUCGUGGAGUAGAAGCUACGCCCCGUCUAACGAUUUUUCGUUUCUACCUCAUCCUGAACAAGUUCCUCGCGGCAUGAGCAUGAGUACUGGUGAUUCUUCAAGAUUUUUGGGAAAUGCAAGCUCUUUAGGCGUUGGAAGCACGGAUGAAGGAUUGAAAAGUGAAAGAGUGGUGGAGAACUUGAGAUGGGUUGGGAUGUCUAGCAAAGACAUAGAGAAGAGUUUCUUGGAAGAAUUCAAAGCUGUUCCGAUAGGAAGCAUAUCAAAUUUUCCAACCAGAGAAGGGGAAAUGGAUGAUGAUUGCAACAACUUCAACAAGUACAAUGAGGUGGUCUCGAAUGAUUUCCCCCUUAGAUUCAGCGAUGGUACCCAGAACGACGAUUUUUUAGAUGAUGGAGAUGUGGAUGAUGAUUUUUCCACUACUCCAAGCUUUGAAGUAUACGAGAAAGUUGAGGUGCACUGUGGCAUGCUUGUUUCGACUCGCCAAGUAGCCGAUACAUUCUUUCACCAAGUAGCGCCGUCUGAGAUUGCUAAGGUCUAUCUUAUCCCCGCGGUGAUGCACAAUUACUCGAUGGCCAAGGCAGACUCACCAACAAAACCUAAGAGCAAGGGCAUAUUUGGAAAAACAGUGAGUCCUAUGAUCACUAUCAUGGCUCUUCUAUUGAAUUACUAUUGCUUGUAUUUCGGUGAUCAAAGCUUGGAGGAUGAAAAAUUGAGUAGAGAGAUCCUUCCAGCCAGCUGCAGCAAUGUGUUGAAGAGCAGAGAGAGAGAUUGCUCUAGUGAGACAGUUGCUUGGAAUUACAGAAAGAAAAAGAUUUGGUUUGUUGAAAAGAUCAUAGGAGAGAGGAUUUCUUGUGUGGCAUUGAAGAAGAUCUUGUGGGCUUACCUCACCAUUGCUUUGGCUAUUUGUAGCAUUUGGGUGCACCACAUUGAGCCCAAUUGUCCUUGACUAACUUUCUUUUUUUCUUUUUUCAAUUUAUUGAGUGCUAACCAUAGUUGUUACAUGGAUGUACGUGCACGGUGCUAUGCACAUCCGAACCGUUCAUCUCGACAAUCAAUAGUCAGCAUUGUCGAGACGGUUGGACGGUUGAGAUUGUAUAGGGAGGGCAUAAGUUAGCCAUACCCUAGUAGUUUGGAGUCAUUUGUAUCUUGAUAUACUUGGGCCUUUUUUUUCUUUUUUCCUUUCUUUGGAUCAAUCCCUCAAUGUCUUAUUGUUAUGGAAAAAGGUUAAUGAAACAUGUGUUUUUUGUA